AUGACGAUAUUUAUCGUUUCUCUCUUCCUGCCACAUACCAUCGACUUUGCGCUGCCGGAAGGCCACCAGCGCAGGUCGUCCCAUCACCACCGCCGCAAGAGCUCUGGCCAGAGGGCUACUCUCUUUGGGCGUGCAGGAGGAAGCCAGCCGCCCACUCCUGCGUCUGCAUCGACUCCUGUGCCGGCAUCGACAGUCGCUGGCCGCCGACCGUCCAGUUCAAGGGACCAGGGCCAGAUCUUCUCAUAUCCGGGCUACUCGAGCUCUGGGAUAGAGGCUGCCUCUCCUAAACCCCAGCUUCUGGCGCCCAGUGACCCGCAUUCGCCUCGUUGGGGGUCCCCCGGAGCAUUCAAUCAGCCCAAGGCACAGGCUCUCGCGCCCCCUUCAUCUUCCAUCCUCAGCCAUUCACAGGGCCAGCUCAAGAGACUGGGACAGGAGUAUGCAUCUGAACUAUCCAAGAUCGAGCCGGUCCUCCUCUCUUCUCCGGUACGGCCAUCUACGGUGGAAAAGCCCCAGGUAACCCAGGACAAGGUGUUUGAGAGCGCAGAAUGGACCGUUCAGCCCUCCGAACAGGGGAACGGCGGCCUGCUGAACGCAAUCCGUUCGGCCGUUGACUGGCCGUACAUGAAAGACAAACUAUGGGUUGGCACGCUGGGAAUGCCCACCGAUGCACUGCAGGACAAGCAAAAGGAAGCUAUUGCUGAAAAGCUGGCCGCUGACUGCGAGGCGCUCACGAUAUUUGUCUCGGACAAUGACUUUGACAGCCAUUACCUGCACUUUUGCAAGAUGAUCCUCUGGCCAGUCUUCCACUAUCAGAUCCCGGAUAACCCUAAGAGUAAAGCGUACGAAGACCACUCGUGGAUAUACUACCGUCGCGUCAACUACAACUUUGCAAAGGAGAUCGUCAAAAACUGGAAAAGAGGAGAUGUGGUCUGGGUGCACGACUACCAUCUCCUCCUAGUCCCUGCCAUGGAGAAGUUCAGAGGCAAGAGGCUUAUCGUCGCCAGAGAUAAGCUCGACAACGUCAGAGGAGUGCGCCAGAAAUUGCUUUCUUAUGAACUCUUUCUCAACAAAUACCCUCACUGGCGAGACUCCGUCGUUCUGGUGCAAGUCGCAUCCACCACUACUGAACAGCCAGAGCUAGAGGCCUCAGUCUCUGAUAUUGCGACUCGUAUCAACUCUGUACAUUCUAACCUUGCCCAUCAACCGCUCAUUUUCCACAAACAAGACCUCCUUUUUGACCAGUACCUUGCGCUUAUCUCUGUCGCGGAUGUUUUCAUGGUAACCAGCCUGCGCGAAGGCAUGAAUCUUACCAGCCAUGAAUUCAUCCACUGUCAAGACGGCCUGCUUUCUUCAUCGAAACAUGGGCCUCUGAUUCUUAGUGAAUUCACCGGUAGUGCAUCCAUAUUCAACUACCACCCUCUCCUCGUUAACCCUUGGAACUACCAAGAAUGCGCCGAUGCAAUCAAUACCGCCCUCGAAAUGCCCCCCGAGGCUCGUCUGGCUCAAUGGACCCGCCUCAACAACACGGCGAAAGAUCAUGUAACCACGCGGUGGGUAAACAACUUUACGGAUGCUCUUGACCAUGCAUACCGCCAACACUCUACCCGUGAAACCGUUGCUGUCCCCCGUCUCUCUAUCCCCAACCUCUGUGACGCCUACCGUGCAUCUACCCGUCGCCUCCUCAUCCUAGACUAUGAAGGCACUCUAGUCACCUGGGGUCAACCUACCAGCACAGUCCUCACAACUCCUCAGAGGGCCAUCGACACUCUCACAGACCUCCUCGAGGACCCCUUUAACACGGUGUAUGUAAUGUCCUCACGCAUGCCCGAAGACAUGGAACGUCUCUUUAGCCGCGUACCCGGGCUCGGCCUCAUAGCAGAAAACGGGUGCUUCGUACGCCCGCCUCCCAUGGCUUCUCCAACCCCCUCUCCGCCAACUACCAGCACGCUAGUCUCUCCGGACUGGAUCCGUCUGAUCGACAUGUCCAAGAUGAAGGACUGGAAACAGUCUCUCUCGCCCAUGCUACGUUAUUUCCAGGAACGUACAGAAGGAAGCUGGAUCGAAGAGACGCACGCAUCUCUCAUCUUCCACUACGAAAGAGCAGAAGACUCCCAGAGCGCAGAACGACAUGCCUCCGAAUGUGCAAACAACGUCAACGAUAGCUGUGGAAAUCAUGGCCUUAGGGCAAUACAGACCGACGGCUGCGUUACUGCCGGGCCUGUGGAACCCAACAAAGGCACUGCCGCCAGUGUGGUAUAUUCAUCGUAUAUGAGGAGAGAGUCGCGCCGGAGUUCUAGCGCCGGUAGCACAGGUAGCGUGAAGCAUGGCAUGGCAAUAGACUGGAAGAGCGAGACAGAUGACAUGGACGAGGAGGUACCAGAUUUCAUUCUUGUCAUUGGCGACGGAAGGGACGACGAGCCAGCUUUCAGAUGGGCGAACGAACUAGGUGAAGAGAAGAAAGUGAAGCAUGUCAUGACUGUUACGUUGGGAUUGAAGAAUACAGAGGCCAUGGCCACUUUAACGCAGGGCGUUACCGGAGCAUUAUCGUGUCUGGGCAAACUAGUUGAUAUAUCGCAACGCAGGGAUUCAGCGUCUCUAGCUCAGCAACUGUCUUACAUUCCAGCGUCAAGUGGAGAGUGA